AUGGUUGACGAAGUCGCAAUACCUUACGCGAUCCUGUCUCAUACUUGGGGAGCGGAGGCGGAGGUCACCUUCGAAGACCUUGCAAAGAACGCUGGCAAGAACAAGCCUGGCUACAAGAAGAUCCAACUCUCUGAAGCCGAAGCGAGCCUGCCGCCGUGGGACUUCGAGUUCCGAGGAAGCAAGUGGUUCACACGCGGCUGGACGCUGCAGGAGCUUCUCGCACCUGGCAUUGUCGAGUUCUUCUCACGAGAAUGGCACAAGCUCGGUGACAGGAUAUUACUGAAGUCCCAGAUUCACGAAGUGACAACUAUCCCACAUACAGCGCUCAAAGGGGCCCCCCUAUCUCAAUUCAAGGAUGCAGCGUACUCUUUUUCAGGCGUCUUUGACGUUGACAUCACGCCAGUCUACAGUGAAGGGGCCAAGGAAGCAUUUAGGCGGCUUCAUGACGAGAUUCGGAAGCUGGAAGCGUGCCUUCGUGACUUACGUCCUACCGACCCCCGUAAUGAUAAGAAGCGCAUCGAGGAGACUAAAGGUGGACUGCUAGCAGAUUCCUACCGUUGGGUCCUUGACAACGCCACUUUCCAGCAAUGGCAGCAGGACCAACGCAACCGACUGCUGUGGGUGAAAGGCGAUCCUGGCAAGGGAAGGACGAUGCUGCUCUGCGGCAUCAUCGACGAGCUGCGUAGCUCACUGCCUAAGACUGCCCUUCUAGCGUACUUCCUCUGCCAAGCGACCGACUCACGCAUCAACAACGCCACAGCCGUGCUACGAGGGCUGUUGUACAUGCUUGUGCGCCAGCAACCGUCACUUGUAUCGCAUAUCCGCAAGAAGCACGAUCACGCACGAUCACGCAGGCAAAAGCUUGUUCGAGAAUGCGAAUGCCUGGGUAGUUAUGACAGAGAUCUUUGUGAACGUACUACAGGACUCACAGUUAAGCACUACCUACCUAAUCGUCGACGCACUAGACGAUCAUGUGCGUCUUGCCGCGUCAAGUGGAUUGUUUCAAGCCGCAACUGGCCGAACAUCGAAGAACAGCUAGAGCGGGCAGAAGAUAAAGUGAGGCUGAGCCUUGAGCUGAAUGCAAGUUCGGUUGAGGCAGCGGUUGAAACUUUCAUCCAGCGAAAGGUGGACCAUUUGGCACAGGAAAAGCAGUACAAAGAAGAAGUUUCCAUCCGCCGUGCUCCAACACUUGAUGUCGAACGCCAACGGCGGAUGAUGCACCAUAAUUUGUCAGCAAGUGCUGGCAUCGACCGCAAUCUUGUAUCGAACUGUGACUAUCCCGAGUUGACUGCGCUUGUUGAACCGCUUGAAGACUUUGUCGACGAUCUGGAGUCGUUUGUGCAAGAGCAUAGGAAAAGGCGUGGCUUCGAUGUCGAGACUAUGUCCUCUUAUCCAGGUAUUGCAUGCACAGACAAUGUACCUGUAAUUUGUACUUCAUGCCAGACGCUCUCGUCAGCAAGGUGUCUUUCAAGCAGCAGAAAUGUGGCUGAGACUUGUUUAAGCAGCCGCUCAUGCACAUCUUUCAUCCCGUUGACUGCCUGCGCCCACCAGGUUCCUCCGCUGGGCGUUAGAUUUGGUCUGUUGCGAGGCUUGAGUCUGAAUGAUCGGGAGAAGAAAGGGGAGUCAAUUUUGGGCUCUGCGAAAGACUCGGGGCUAUCCGCGAAGACGUGGUGGAAGUACGGGAGAAUGUGUUCGACGUCUCCACGAGUCGCGGUGAUGUGGUGCGUCUCCUACGAUCCUUCGAGGUUGGGGCAGACGUAUGGGACUGAGCUCGUCGGUGGCCCAGUCAUCUUCGGCCAUUUGAUCCCCAUGAGCUGA